UUUGGGGAAGAACCGAGGAACACACGAAAGCAGUAGAUGCUACGAUGCGGGAAUCCAUGAAGUGGCAGCUAGCUCGCUUGUGACACGAUCAAAAUUUUGAAAAUAUCUUGCUAUCUAAAGAAUCCAAGAGGGUAUAGACUGCUCGAAGAACUCGGCAUAGAACAAUCAACGAGUUUAUCGCAUUUGAAAAUCGACAUGGAUUUGUUCAGGAAGGUAAUAACACAACCUGGGAAACCAGAAGAUUUUGCUCUUCAAACAGUUCAAGAAGCCAUCAAACCUCAGAGGCAAACAAAACUAGUCCAGGAUGAGAACCAAUUGUUGGAAAACAUUCUAAGAACACUACUUCAAGAGCUCGUGUCAGCUGCAGUUCAAUCAGGGGAAAAUACUAUGCAUUAUGGGGCAUCAAUUGAUGAUGGUGAUAUCACACAGGGGCAAGUACCUCGGCUUCUUGACAUUGUGCUAUAUCUUUGUGAAAAUGAACACAUUGAAGGGGGAAUGAUAUUCCAGCUUUUGGAAGAUUUGACAGAAAUGUCAACAAUGAGAAACUGUGAAGAUGUCUUUGGUUAUAUAGAAAGUAAGCAAGACAUCUUGGGUAAGCCAGAACUUUUUGCAAGGGGAAAGCUUGUAAUGUUAAGAACUUGCAAUCAACUUCUUCGCCGUCUUUCAAAGUCAAACGAUGUGGUGUUUUGUGGACGUAUCAUUAUGUUUCUUGCACAUUUUUUUCCAUUGUCUGAACGUUCAGCUGUCAAUAUUAAGGGAGUUUUCAAUGUUUCAAAUGAGACAAAGUAUGAGAAGCAAGCACCUGAUGGAAUUUCUAUAGACUUCAACUUCUACAAAACCUUUUGGAGUUUGCAGGAGUAUUUUAGCAACCCUGCUUCCAUUACUCCUGCCACCCCCAAGUGGCAGAAGUUCUCUUCCUGUUUGAAGGUUGUUUUAAAUACAUUUGAAGCUCAGCCUUUAAGUGAAGAAGAGAGUAGUACAAACAAUCUUGAAGAUGAAGCUGCAACAUUUAGCAUAAAAUAUCUUACAAGCAGUAACUUAAUGGGUCUAGAGUUAAAAGAUCCAAGCUUUCGACGCCAUAUUCUUGUCCAAUGCCUGAUUUUAUUCGAUUAUCUUAAGGCUCCAGGGAAAAACGAAAAAGAUUUGCCUUCUGAAACAAUGAAAGAAGAAAUAAAAUCAUGUGAAGAAAGAGUAAAGCAACUUCUUGUGAUGACUCCACCUAAAGGAGAAAAGUUUCUUCAAAGCAUUGAGCAUAUAUUAGAACGGGAAAGGAAUUGGGUCUGGUGGAAACGUGAUGGUUGUGCUCCAUUUGAAAAACAACCCACGGAAAAGAAAACUGUGAGAGAUGGAGGAAAAAAACGUCGUCCAAGAUGGAGAUUGGGAAAUAAAGAACUCUCUCAGUUAUGGAAAUGGGCUGAUCAAAAUCCGAAUGCUUUAACUGAUUCUCAACGUGUACGAACGCCAGCUGUCACAGAAUACUGGAAACCCUUAGCCGAAGAUAUGGAUGUAGAUGCUGGGAUUGAAGCAGAAUACCACCAUAAAAACAACCGUGUUUACUGCUGGAAAGGUCUUAGAUUUUCAGCAAGGCAGGAUUUGGAGGGGUUUUCUCGAUUUACUGAAUUUGGUGUGGAAGGGGUUGUGCCGAUGGAACUUAUGCCAGCUGACAUCCGAUCAAAAUAUCAAGCAAAACCAAGUGACAGAUCAAAACGUGCUAAAAAAGAAGAAAACAAAACUCCUGCAAAUCAAUCAGAAGACAACAAUCAGAUUGCAACACCUGCAAGUGAGGGUGAUGGUGAAGGGAAUAAUAAUAAUAAUAGACAAGAUCUUGAAGCAUCAACAAUGGCAAUGGAGACCGAUACAACAGCUCAAGAGCCUGGUCAAAUUGAUGAAACAGAGCCGGAACCGGAACCGGAACCGGAACCAGAACAGGAACCGGAACCGGAAUCAGGGAUGAUAGAUGCUGAAAAUGAUGCAGAUGUUGAUACAAAUACAGUGGGUUGAAAAAAGAAAGGAAAAGACAAGAGUAGUAGCUUUCAUCUUUUGUAUGAAACCUGUGUGUAACUGUAAUAUUAUGAGUAAAACUAACAGGAAUUUAUAUUUGAUUGUAGUUAUUUUGAGUUUUAAGUAAGAUUUGCCAA